ACCCGUUCUACUGUACUAGCUCCCCUUCUGAUAAUUUAAUUUUAUUGCUCACAUCAGUCCACGCAUUAUUUCCAACUCGGCGUAGCACUGAACCAAUCUCGAAACCACAGCAAUCAAAAAAUGGAGCCGUCGACAACCACCCAGGAACAACCAGCUGCAGUGUUGCAGCCACGAAAGUUUGAUAUCUUGUGCGGAAAGGGCAAGAAAUGUGUUGCACAUAUUGGAUCCAGGCGCUUUCGUGCAGUGAUUGAGUCCUACCGUCAGAGAUACUCUUUGACCAAAACCAAGUAUGAAAAGAUGAUGAUCACCAAAGAGGUUGUGGAAAGACUGCAGAAGGAAAAUUGCCGCUUUCUCAAGUACGAUGCUUCAACAAUGGUAUGGGAAGAACUUCCCACAAUGGCAGCACGCGACAAGGUAGGACAUGCACUCCGUUUUGCCAAUCGAACUACCCCAAGGCGGCAGAAGAAUCUCUCCAAAUUGGAGGGAGACACAAGCAUUGAUUCAUGGGAAUCACUGGAGGAAGAUUCUUCUUCAUCAUCAUCUUCAGAUGAGGAGGCUGCUCCCAAAGACAGUGGCCUCCCGACGUUGGAUAAACCUAGCUUGAACAUCCUGGAAGAGAAUCAGUUUGCUCCGUUUUUCUCGGUUACUCCCGUUGACACCCACACCUCAACCUCCUUGGUUUGGAGUCAUGAAGUGCAACCCAAUACUACUUUACAAUCAAUUCCUCUUACUGAGACACCAGGCACUGCCAUGCUCUCAUUGACAGCACCUUCCCCUGUCCCCACAACAAUAGCUGGAUUUCCUCAGGAUAGGUUUGCUGGCCAGGAAGGCACACCUGUGUCGCAACCAAAAAGGGAUGCAUCAGCAGUUGUCCAACAAGUUUCCCUCGGGCAACGCACCCAGCAUGUGUGUGUUUCUCCUGAGUUGCUGCCAGCACUGGCGAAUGAGUGUGCAUUGCCUUUGCUGCAAGAACCGAUCGUGGAUUGGGACUUGGAUUUUGAGAUCAGUCCAGCCAUAUUUGCUUCGUGAAAAUCCGAAUGACUUUGGGAUUGCGCCUGUAUGCCAUGCCAUAGCGUUAGUCCUCGCAGCCCUUCCUUAGUGUGGCCAAUCUCAAUUUGGCACUGCCUGGUGGUGAAAUUUCGUGUCGAAGUGCAUGGUGGUGGCCAAACUUUGGAAAACCAGAACCUGAUAUCAAGAACUAUUAAUACCAUAAUAUUCAUACGAUUCGAUUCUAGCAAAGAGUAUUUAAUGCAGCCAACCUCAGUGAACCCUACUAACAGCAUCUAUUGCUACACGGAAUCCCAAAUAGAACUCGCGAAGCGCUCGCUGCACAAGA